CAAAUACCUGCGUAUACCUUUUCUAAAGUACAUAUUUGCACGCAGCGUUGCAUGAGAAAGAGUGCACGAGCUUUAUUAGAACUUAAAAUAGAUUUUUUUAAUACAAAGAUUUAUAAUACACCACAAACAAAGAAACGAGGGGAUGUUUUUGACAGGUCAUUGUAAAACUGUGGAAGUUUCAUUCAUGUUGUUACUUGCUGUUACUUUGUUUCCUCCUGUUCAAACAGGUUUCAUGACUUGUGAUCCUCGGCAAUAUCAGUGUGGCAAUGGAAAGUGUAUCACAUCCAGAUGGAUCUGUGAUGAAUCUGAUGACUGUGGUGAUGGCACUGACGAACUUCCUGCUGCCUGCUUGGCCAAAACCUGCAGACCCUCUGAAUUCAGCUGUGGUGGGCGACUCAACCAGUGCGUGCCCAAGAGCUGGAAGUGUGAUGGCAAGGCAGACUGUGAGAAUGGAGCAGAUGAGGAUGGCUGUGCUCCUCGGCAGUGUUUGAAUGGUGAAUUCCGGUGCAGCAGUGGCCAGUGUGUGUCAACUGCAUUUGUGUGCGAUGAAGAGGCAGACUGUGAUGACGGAAGUGAUGAAGUCUCCUGUCCACCAACCACCUGUAGCUCCAGCUCCUUUAGGUGCAACAACUCACAGUGUGUGCCUCGACUGUGGGUCUGUGACGGAGACGUCGACUGUGAUGACGGCUCAGAUGAAUGGCAACAGAAAUGUGGUCCAAGGGUGUCUACGGCUCUGAGAAAUCCCUGCUCAUCUAUGGAGUUCCAAUGUGGCAGUGGGGAAUGCAUACACAGUAGCUGGAAAUGUGAUGGGGGAGCAGAUUGUUUGGAUCACUCGGAUGAGAAAAACUGCUCCUUGCCUACAUGCCGACCGGAUGAGUUCCAAUGUGGUGACGGAUCUUGUAUCCAUGGCAUCCGGCAGUGCAACCAUGUAUACGACUGCAAAGAUUUAAGUGAUGAGCUGGGCUGUGUAAAUGCAACCCAUUGUGAAGCACCAAACAGGUUUAAGUGUCGCAGCGGUGAAUGUAUCAGCAUGGAAAAGGUUUGCGACAAGCAGCGUGACUGUAGGGAUUGGUCCGACGAGCCAUUACGAGAGUGUGAUUCGAAUGAGUGUCUGUACAAUAAUGGAGGUUGCUCCCAUAUCUGUAAUGACUUGAAGAUUGGUUAUGAGUGCUUGUGUCCCACCGGCUUCCGUUUGGUGAACAAGAGACGUUGUGAAGACAUCGAUGAGUGCGCCAACCCAGACACCUGCAGCCAAAUUUGCGUCAACCAGGUGGGCAGUUACAAGUGUGAGUGUGAGGAAGGCUACCAGAUGGAUCCUGCCAGCAAGGCCUGCAAAGCUAUUGGAACCAUUGCGUACCUAUUUUUCACCAAUCGUCACGAGGUGAGAAAGAUGACCCUGGAUCGUAGCGAGUAUACUCAAGUAAUUCCCCGCCUAAAGAACGUUGUAGCAUUGGACAUGAAUAUUGCAACCAAAGAAAUCUACUGGUCAGAUCUUUCCCUCAAGAAGAUAUACAGAGCACCAGUGGAUACUGCAGAUGACUCCUCCCAACACAGUGUUGUGAUUAGCAGUGGCUUAAAUGCACCUGAAGGUAUCGCUGUUGACUGGAUCCACGGAAACAUCUAUUGGACGGAUAGUAUUCAAGGUGCCAUCUCUGUGGCAACAGUGGAUGGAAGCAGACGCAAGACACUCUUCAAAGAAAACCUAUCCAAGCCACGUGCUAUUGUGGUCGACCCUAUAAAGAACUUCAUGUUCUGGACUGAUUGGGGUACACCAGCCAAGAUUGAGAGGGGAGGUCUCAAUGGAGGAGACCGCAGUGCCUUGGUUACGGAUAACAUUUUCUGGCCCAAUGGAAUAACCCUUGACCUGUUAAACCAGCGUCUGUACUGGGUUGACUCCAAACUACACACACUCUCUAGUAUCAGUGUGCAGGGAGAUGGCCGUCGGACAAUAAUCAUAGACCAGGGCAAACUCGCCCACCCUCUGGGUCUCACUGUCUUUGAGGAAAAAGUGUUCUGGACGGAUGUAAGCAACAAUGCAAUUCUAAGUGCAAAUCGUGUGACGGGCAGAGACAUUACAAGAGUAGCAGAACAUCUCUCAUCCCCAGAAGACCUUGUCCUGUACCACAACCUCAAACAACCUAAAGGAAUAAACUGGUGCAGGGUCAACAAUGGUGGGUGUGAGUUCCUGUGCCUGGCUGCCCCUCAAGUCAAUAGAUUUUCACCCAAGUACACUUGUGCCUGCCCAGACAACAUGAUGCUGGCCAAAGACAUGCGAAAAUGUGUUCCAGCUGUUGUAACACCAGCAGCUCCUGUUAGACCCAAAAUGUUUACAACUAGUCAUCCUCAAGUACCUUCAAAGAUGUCACCAAAACCUUCUACUACUCCCACUCCUAUACCUAUGAUCCCUAGCAAACCCACCAUCCAAGCUGCCUCUACCAAGCCAUUCCAAACCACUACUCAACUUCCAUUAUCCACCCAGACAGAUGAGCACUACAGGGAUGUAAAAGCCAUCUCAAAAAUAUCGCCUUCAACUCCGUUAGCCCUGUACAUUUUAGUGCCUCUUGUUGUCCUAUGUUUGGUUGCGGUUGGUGCUGUGAUGUUCUGGAGAAAGUGGCGACAGAAAAAUACCAACAGCAUUCACUUUGAUAAUCCGGUUUAUCAAAAAACUACUGAAGACCAGGUGCACUUAUGCAGAAACAACAGUACUGAUGGCUACUUUUACCCACAGCGGCAGAUUGUGAGUCUUGAUGAUGAAAUUUGAUGAUGAAAUUGACAUUGAGAUCAAAUGCUGAAACUGACUGGAAAAGAGCCAUAUUUUACAUCUUACAUACUUGGAGGUCAAAAGAAACAUUUGGGGAAUGAUGGAGAGUCCACACAAACCACUUUGUCAAUUCUUGAUGCAAAAACAUUCCAGUGCUGCUAGUUUUAGUCUAAAGUAACAAAGAAACCUCAGACAACAACAACCUCAACUUAGCACUUCCCUUUAUAUAAAUGAUAGCACUUCUUUCUGUAUUAAUGAUAGCACUUAUCUAUAUAUAAAUCAUGGCACUUCUCUAUAUAUAAAUGAUUUAAAAAUGAGACAUAUAGCUAUAUUUUUAACAGCACUUACGAAUCAAGGUUUUAUUUUCAGGAGGUGUCCACAAUAAGUUAUUGUAAAUAUUGUAUGUGUUAGCAGUGAUUACAAAAAUGUGAAUGCACUUGUGCUUUUUUUUUUAGUGAUUGAUGACAAAUCAUCAAAGUCAGUAUGCUCAUUCAUAAAUGAAUCUAAUUCAUAACUUAUGCUGCAGUACAUUGAAUAUUAUGAAUUGGCUUCUAGAAUGAAAAAGUCUUUCAUGCCCAAGAAGCAUUUCAGCAUAAAUCUGAAAUGGACCAUUUACUAUGAGAAGCAGUACUUAAGCCAAAUUGUUCCUAAGGUCUUUAUGUCUUUGUUUACACCUUUUUCUGAACAACUCAAGUUUUUUGUGCUAAAAUGGUCAGGGUUACAUCUGAAACUGCUAGUUAAUGGUUCAAGUUAAAAUAACCUUCUGUCUGUCCAACACCGGCUCAGUGUGUAGCUAUAGGAAUCGGUUAUUUUUUCAUAUGAAGUAUUGAAAUAGAUUUUUGUUUAUCACUAUAUGUGAUUAUAUCCAGUUCAACAUUUUGCAUUAUCUCAGGCACAAAUGAUUACUUACAUAAAUGUACCAAGCUUUAACUAUAUAGCACUAACUGUAGUUAUAUAGCUGUAUUAUGUUUAGAUUAAUACUACAUUUAUUUAGUAGAUUGAGGGAAUUUUACUUUUACUUAAUUGUAGUUUCAAAAUGUGUUUAGGCUACUAUUUUAACAAAUCAAAACAAAUACCAUAGUUUGUUUUAUAGAAGUAAUCAAUGAAGAGCCAUCCAUGGUUUUGCCUGUUAAAUGUUGACUUGACUGUUUUAGAUGUCACUCUAGAGGUGAUGCAUUCUGUCAUUUUUUAAAUUGCUUUAAUGGAGUUGCUUCAAUAAGAUUAAUAAUAACUUUUCCUUGCAAUUGUUUUACAUUCUCCAUGUGAAUGUGUACAUAAUGUAUUCUUGUAUGUAAAUAUGUUUAGUGUUGCAUACUUUUAAGCCAAAUUUCUAUUAUAAGUAUACAGUCUUGUAUAUAAAGAAAUGUUUUAUUUAUUUUUACAAUCUACAUUUUUGGUUGAUAAUUAGCUUUCUUUUCUGUGUACCAUAUCUGAUUUUGUUUGUGUGGGAACAGUUUUUUAGAAUUAAAGAAUUUAUAUAUUAUUAUUUUUAUGGACUAAUUAAUGUAGUUUAACAAAUUAUUCAUGUUUGCAUUUGUAUAGGACCAAUGCAUUUUUCGGAAAGCCAAUCACAAUUGUUCUUGACCUGUGAGUACUGGAAAUAAAAACAUUUUGAAUGCUUUUA